CACUGACCACCGAAGAAGAAAACCCGGAAGUGUCAUGGUGACCUGUGAUGCAGAAACUGGGCUGUAAUUUUGUGAAUUCUAACUAUUGAUACUAGCAUUUAGGUGAAACUGGGUCAUCACGAAUGGCGAACAUUUUAUUUAAAAAGUUAAAUCUUCCUCCCGGCGUCCUGACCCGGGUUGUCUGUCCUCUGUUGUCCCGUGCAGGCGGUUCGGGGUCAGAGGUCCAGCAGGUUUCUCUCCUGCACUCCACCGCAAACCUGCACAACUCCAACAAGACGUCGGUGGUCCGCUUUGGUCGGCAGCACUAUGAGAGGAUGUAUCCGGUGCUGCUGGUCCGUCCGGACGGGUCUACAGUCCACAUCAGAUACAAAGAACCCAGAGGCAUCCUUCUGAUGCCGGUUAAUCUGGCCACUCUGUCCGAAGAGGAGCGUCAAGCUCGAAUGAAGAAGAGGAUGGUGAAGACAAAGGAAACAGAAGAAGUCAUCUAUGAAGAUGACUUCAAAGUGGACACCUACAGUCACCUGUGGAAGAAGAAAUGACACAUCUGACAUGUUUGUGAUGUGCUGACUGCUGAACAUCACAGAGACCUCAUCUUCCUGAAUCAUGUCAAGAAACUAACAACGAGGAAAAUGUUCUGACAGAUUUUCUGCUACAAAUGAACAUAUUGGAACCAAAAUAUGGGCCUUUUUGCUUCUAAUAAAAAAAACUUUUGUGACUUGCA